AUGCCAGGCGCGACCGCCGCUGCACCACCCGACCCGGCGAGCGAGAGCCUCUCGCGCCGCCGCACCGUCGCGACCUCGCAUCCGGCCGGUGACGGCCCCCUCGCCUCGUCCUCGACGUUCAGCUCGGCCACACCCGACGACUCGUCCCCGCCCUCGCCAACGGGCACACCGCCGUUCCCGCCAACCCUGUCGCGCCGCUCGACCGGCUCGGGCGACUCGACCUCGUCCGGCACCGGGUCGCCCCGGUUCGAGAUCCACGACGACGACCCGCUCUUCUCGGGCCUGUCGCUCCUCGACUUCCUCAACGUCCUCGACGCCCACCUCGAGGUGUGGACCCGGCCCCUCCGCCGCAAGAGCGUCACCUGGCGCGAGAAGGCCGACCGCCUCCUCGACGAGGCCAAGCAGAAGGGCCGCGACACGUUCAAGGUGCCGCCCCUCCCGAGCGUGCCCGCCUUCGACCUCGGCGAGGGCCUCGGCUUCUCUCGCGCGGCAACCGGCGGCGGCGAGUUCCGCGAGGCGGGCGUCGCCGGCGAGCGCAAGGUCCUGAGCCAGAAGGACCGCGAGCGCCUCGAGCGCAAGUACCGCGAGGUGCGCACCCGCAUGCGCGACAGCGUCCAGAAGCUCGUCGUCAAGUGGGAGGAAGAGAAGACCGUCCGCCUUCGCGACAAGAUCUCGUUCCUGUGCGGCGUCAUGAACGUCCUCUUCUCGGCGCUCCUCCUCGGGUUCCACCCGACGUGGCUCGCCGAGUGGUACUCGCUCCAGAUGCUUUUCUACCUGCCUUAUCGCGUGUUCACCUACAAGCGCAAGCUGUACCACUACUUCCUUUUCGACUUGUGCUACUUCGUCAAUGUCCUCGCCCUCCUCUAUCUCUGGGUCUUCCCCGGCAGCGCGUUCCUGUUCGAGGCGUGCUACGGCCUCACCCUGGGCAGUCUCGGAUCCGCGAUCGCGACUUGGCGCAACUCGCUCGUCUUCCACUCGCUCGACAAGGUCAUCUCGCUCGCCAUCCACAUCUUCCCGCCUUUCGUCUUCACGGUCAUCCGGCACUUCUACCCGCAAGACCUCGCGUUCGAGCGCUACCCGGCGCUCAAGGAGCUGCCUCACCUCAAGCCGUGGCGCAGCAUGACGAUCUGCAUGACGACCUACAUGGUGUGGCAGCUCCUGUACUUCCACUUUGUGAUCCAGCUGCGCGCCGACAAGAUCCGCGAGGGCCGUGCGACGAGCUUCACGUUCCUGAUCAACGACAAGAAGCGGCUCAUCGGCCGCAUCGCCGCCAAGCUCCCGCCGCAGCUGCGCGAGAGCGCCUUCAUCGCCGGCCAAGCCGUAUACACGUUCGUGACGCUCAUCCCGCCCUUGUUCUGGCUCUACGACUCGAAGUUCUGGUCGAGCGUGUACCUCGUCGCCCUGUUCGCUAUCAGCGCCUGGAACGGCGCGUCGUUCUACCUCGAGGUCUUUGCGCGCAAGUUCGAGAAGGAGCUCCUCGCGCUGCGCAAAGAGUUCGACGCGCAGCAAGCGCUCCUGAACCGGUACACGGCCAACCCGGGCCUGCAGACGCCGGCGGCGGGCGCGGUGGUCGAGGACCCGAUGGACGCGGCGGGGAAGGAGAGCGGUGUCGAGGAGGUGACGGAGGAGGAGGAGGGCGAGCGGGACGAGGUCGGCGAGCGGAAGAAGGCGGACGGAGGGAUGAGCCACGAGCUGGGCAAGGUUGAGAAGCCGGUCUGAGGCGAGCUAGAUGACAGUCGUAUUCGUCUGCGUGUCACUGCAGUGCAGGAUUGUCGCGCUC